UAGCCAACGCUAACUCGUUUGUGUCUGUUUUAAAAAUAUUAGUAAAUAUGCCUCAAAAAUCAGACUGGGUCUUUUAAAGUUGCUCUUUAUUUGCGACUGUUAUGCCAUUUGCGAAUGGGAACCGGUAGUUUACGUCCGAACUGUGGGAAUUGUAGUUUUUCUUCUAAGUCGCGGUUUUUACGUCACUUUUCGACAAUGUAGCUAGCUAGCAGCAUAUCGCAACAGAAACAGCGCAGCAUGUGAGAGUUUCUUACUGUUAAACGAGGAGAUAUUGACUCCAAAAUAAUGGCGGCCUUGUUGCUUAUCCCAUGUUAGAUAAACGAUGCUUUGUAGUUCUUCGUGAGCCUUCUGGUUUAGCUAAUGUUUCUCGACUUCACGUUUGGUUCAACUUAUCGUCAGCAGAUCGGAAGUUUUGGGAAUCACUGUCCCUGUGUCCAUCAGGGAUGGCGGGGGUGAGAUGUGGAGAUGACGUCUCAGAGUACCUGAGCCAGAACCCGCAGCUGGCCCAGUGGAUCGAGUCGUUCCGGGGCUACUGUGAGACCAACAAGCAGUGGUCUGCUCGGAGGGAGUUCAUCCUGAGGAACAUGGAGGCUUUCCCCACGGUGAAGCCGGGGACCUGCAACAGCAGUUUGGACAGGCUGCUGUCUCUGUCCAUGGUCUGGGCCAACCACGUCUUCCUCGGCUGCAGUUACCCGCAGGCCGUCAUGGACAAGAUCAAGGAGAUGGGCGAGGGGAUCGCCGUCCAGGACCCGCCGGUCCACAAAACGACGAAAGACGGAAUCACUGCCAGAGGAAAGCGCAGCGCCCCAGACGACGGCGACCCCGAAGGCUGUGUGAAACGGUCCAGAACCGAGGCCGACGGCCGGCCGUCCGGGAGAACGGCGGCGCGAUCUGCCGUCCAGAAGUCCGGGCCCCCGCCUCAGGCUCCUGCGGAGCAGCAGCCCUUCUUCAACCGCCUCUACAAGGCCGUGGCAUGGAAGCUGGUGUCAGCCGGCGGCUUCGGCCCCAACCUGGACCACUUCGAGAUCCUGCGCAGCUGUGUGGAGUCGUGCAAACAGACGGUGACAUGCGUGUUCGUGCCGCUGAAAGACAUUGCGGGCCUCCCGGCGGGACGCACGCAGAAGGAUGGCCACGUGUGCGAAAUCCGCUGCCAGACCGUCUACAUGGGUACAGGCUACGGGCGCGACGAGGCGGCCGCAAAGGCCAUGGCUUCCAAAGAGGCGCUGAAGGUGUUCCAGGGCCGGAAAGUGACGGUAAAGAUCUGCAGGCGGCGCUACAGAGGCAGGGAGGUGGAGGACCUGGUGCUGCUGGACGAGCUGCCGCGGACUCAGGGCUUCCCUCCGGCGCUCAGCUACCCGUUCCAGGACGAGCCGCAGGACGAAGGUCCAGACUGUUAGCCAAACCUGAUGCAUCUUAGAAUAAAAGGAAAGCGCUAAAUUUACACACAAAAAAAGGCUUCUUAACUGAUUACGAGCAGUAAUGAGCGGCCAUGUUGCCGGCUUCGUUGCUGCUGAUUUUUAGUCGAACCUUUGACUCAGUUGAAAUAAAACUGUCACUUUAACUUUAGUUUCUGAACAGUUUUAGUGACAGGAAGCAUCCAAACGAAGCAGAUUAGAAAUGCUACUAUUUCCAGUAAACCCUUUAAUUUUAGGGUUGCUUUUCUCAACCUUCUCUAUUGCACUUUAAGUUAUUUUUGACCAGGACCGGAGCUCUAUGCACUGCAACAACACAAAAUCCUACCAAGUAUUUUUGUCUAGCUUAUGGAGCAAAUAUUUUAGUGCACUUGAAAAAAAGACUAAAAUAAUUUAGAAUUAACUUUUCAGCAAAAUGUAGAAGCUUAUUCCUCAAAUUAUUUACUUAAAAUAAAUAACUGAAUUAUUUAAUUCUUUAAAUAAGGAAUUAGUUAAAUUGGAAUUUCUUAUUUUCUUGAAUAAUUAAAUAAAUAUUUAAAUAACUACUUAUUUAAAUAUGUGAGUAUUUAUUAAAGGAAGUAGUUAUUUAAAUAAUUAUUUGAAUAUUAAUGAUUAUUUCAAUUAUUCUAAAACAUUAUUGAACCAGUAAUUUAAUUAUUUAAAUAGAUACUUUAAAACAGUUAAAUAUGAGCAGAAAAAAUUUACAUAAUUAUUUAUUAAAAUAAUUUUCUUGUCAUAAGAAAAAAAGUUUAUCUGCCAGAACUUCUACUUUUUCAUUAUUUUUAAGGAAUUGUUUCCAAAAAACAAGCUGAAAAGUUACUUUUAAGUUGUUUCUUUUAUUUCAAGUCUAUUAAUGUUUUGCUGUAGAAGUUAGAUCAGAAAUACUCUUAAGAUUUUGUGUUUUUGCAUUGUGGAGGUUUCUGGUGCUGCUGAAGUUUUUUUUUUUAAAGUUUUAAUAAAAAAUAGGACCUAUAGGUGCAAACAUUUGUGCUGAAUUGAGGGUCUCCAGUCAUUUCCCAGACUCCUGCAGUAGCUAUGUGUCUGUACAGCGAACAGUUAAACUCUGUGGCUUUUAUUUGAUUUUCAAGAUAAAACUUUUGCUGAAGUUGUUGAGGUUUGUGAUGUGCAACAUGUUGAACUGGAGGGAUUUACUUUGAGAGGGUAAAAGUGCUGCUGUGAAGUUUGUUUUUUGCUUUUUGUGGCUCUUGUUCCAGUCCAGGUUGAUGCUGAGAGGAGCGUCUCCCCAGUUGGUGUAUGUUUGUUUGCACAUGCGUUCCUGUUUCUACAUAUUUUUAAAUAAAAUUUAAUCGAGAGCGUUGAGCAGUUCUGGCUUUUCCAGGCUGGUUUUGAGCAACUUGUGUGUUUUUGGAUUAAAAAGAGAAUUAUUAACAAACUUUGUUGAUCACUGGACUUUUUCAUGAAGUAGAUUUAAAGAAAAAUAACAUUCAUUAUUCAGUUAACUAGAAAUGAAAACUUUUUUGCAUUAAUCAAAUAAUGAAAAUGUAAAUUAGGUUUUGAAAUUUUAAAUGAUAGUAAAGCAAUGUUUAUGUGUAAAAAAUAAUUUUUUGUUUGCUUGAUUUGGAAAAACUAUUCAUUUGCAAUUAAUUUUAAUUGCAGCAGUUUUUCAGUUAUUCAGUGUUUAAAAUUAAAUUUAGAAAAAGAAGAAAAAAUAGCCCAAAAGGUUGCGGUCAGUCUGACUGUCAAACUUGUUCUGUUUAACUUCAAACCUGAGUCUAAUACAAUUAAUAUUUGUAUUUUAGGUACUUUGUGUUACUUUUGACAAUAAAAACAAAUUUGAUGUAAAUUACA